GACAGACAGCCGGAGUGACCAAUCAGAAAGCGGCGUUUUGUUAAGGGGCGGGGCCUCAGCCCCCGAAAGGAGCGGAAGCUUCCCCGGUUCCUCAGCGUCGCUUCCGGGGCCGCCGGUGCCGCCGCCCUGCCCGGGAUGUAGCGGCCGCGCGGCCGCAGAAGGACGCGGAGGCCCCGUCCCCGUUCCCCUCAAUGGCGUCCCGCAAGGCCUCCGCCGCCGGGCCGGGCUCCGCGCUGGGCUCCGCCGGCCGCGACCGAGCGCACCUGGAGCUGGCGGAGCUGGGGCCGCUGCUGGAGGAGAAGGGGGAGCCGGGAGCAGCCGGUUCCGCCGCUGCCGAGGAGCCGCCGUGCCCAGCGGCCCGGGAGGAGGAGGAGGAGGCGGAGGAGGAGGUGGUCCGAGUGCUGACGCUGCCGCUGCAGGCUCACCACGCCAUGGAGAAGAUGGAGGAGUUCGUGUACAAGGUGUGGGAAGGUCGCUGGCGAGUGAUCCCCUAUGAUGUCCUCCCGGACUGGCUGAAGGACAACGAUUACCUCCUGCACGGCCACCGCCCGCCCAUGCCCAGCUUCCGAGCCUGCUUCAAGAGCAUCUUCCGGAUACACACCGAGACAGGCAACAUCUGGACACAUCUGCUAGGUUUUGUGUUGUUCCUGUGCUUGGGAAUCCUGACCAUGCUGCGGCCCAACAUGUACUUCAUGGCUCCUCUCCAGGAGAAGGUGGUGUUCGGGAUGUUCUUCCUGGGAGCGGUGCUGUGCCUCAGCUUCUCCUGGCUCUUCCACACUGUCUACUGUCACUCGGAGAAGGUCUCGAGGACCUUCUCAAAGUUGGAUUAUUCAGGAAUUGCACUGCUGAUCAUGGGAAGCUUCGUCCCAUGGCUCUACUACUCCUUCUACUGCUCCCCCCAGCCAAGACUCAUCUACCUCUCCAUCGUCUGCGUCUUGGGCAUCUCUGCCAUCAUCGUCGCGCAGUGGGACCGCUUCGCCACCCCCAAGCACAGGCAGACCAGAGCAGGCGUGUUCCUGGGGCUGGGGCUGAGCGGGGUGGUGCCCACCAUGCACUUCACCAUCGCCGAGGGCUUCGUCAAAGCCACCACCGUGGGCCAGAUGGGUUGGUUCUUCCUCAUGGCUGUGAUGUACAUCACCGGUGCUGGGCUCUAUGCUGCCCGCAUCCCCGAGCGCUUCUUCCCGGGCAAGUUCGACAUCUGGUUUCAAUCACAUCAGAUCUUCCACGUGCUCGUGGUGGCCGCAGCCUUCGUCCACUUCUAUGGCGUGUCCAACCUGCAGGAGUUCCGCUACGGCCUCGAGGGGGGGUGCACAGACGACUCUCUGCUCUGAGGGCGCCUGCUUUUACCCAAGCUUCCCAAGUGCUUUUUAAACUCUUUUGUCUUUGCUACACCACAAAACCCUGAGGAAGGCUCCAAACCCCACAGGGUUCUUGGCAUUGGGGGGGGGGGGGGGGGGGUGG